AUGAAUGGAAGGAUGAAUAUAAAUGAAUGAAUAAAUAAAUGAUCCAGGAAUUGUCUGGUGUCUGGUUGUCUGGUCUAUAUAGUCUAGAGGAUCUGAUGUUAAUGGAUAAUGAGAUUACAAGGGUUCAGGAGGAAAUCUUUAUCACAAACAAGAACAUUACCAGGUUAAACUUGGCAGGAAAUCCUCUAAACUGUGACUGUGAGAUGAGCUACCUUGUCUCGUGGCUCCAGGACCAUGAUGAGCUGAAAGGGGACGUGGAGUCCAUCAAGUGUGCUACUCCCUCACAUCUUGCCAAUGCACCUCUGGUCCUUAUAACAGAGCGCCUAGAAUGCAGUAACAGUACUGAAACUGAAUAUUACGAGUAUUAUUCUGAACCUGGUUCUCUGCCGGCAAUUUCAAGCUCUCUAGUGCACUUAGUUCAUACACAGUACAAUCCAGACACAGAUGAGUUGGAUCUAUCCUGGGAUAUAAAAGAAGUAAGCCGACCCUUUAGUUGUGGGCAGAUCCAUAUUUUCCAGGAUAUAGAGUCUGGUGUUGAUCUUGUAUCAGAGUCAUCUCUACUCUGUGAACAUCAGGAGAUAUUGAACACUGAGACUCUAAACACUUCAAUCAACAUUCAGGAUUUAGAGUUAGAUACAGAUACUCCUUAUAUUAUCUGUAUCUCGGUCCUUCAUCAGGAGACAGUUGUACCAGGUUGUUCUGGAUCCUUGACAAUAUCUCACCAUGUCGAGGAUAAAAAGACGACCUCUAACCUGGACUCUGACCUCGUAUUCCAUCCUCUAGUAACACCAACGUCUUCUUUAAGGAUGAAUGCAAAUCUUAGUGAAGAGAAUUCUAUAAUUGUAUACCUGGAUACUAAACUACAGGAGCAUACUUCUACAGCAUGCAGUAUCCUUACAACAGUCAGUACACCUGGAGAACAGGAGAUAGACCAUCAUGUUGUGGACUGUUCAGCUCAACAGGAUAUCUUCAAAAAUGUUCCUGUUCGAUCAGUUUACAGGGUGUGUUCGGUUCUAAAGGUUGGCGAGGAAACUGAAACUGAGAUAAAAGAAGGAAUUAAUUCAAGAGAAUGUGUUCUAAUUUCUCCAACAAGGAUACUAUACAGGGAUAAAUCUAUUCUUCCACUUCUAUUAACCCUCGUCUUCCUUGCUCUAGGCAUUGCUUGUUUAACUGUACUCUACCUAAUAUUAAAACGAGCUCGAGAAGACAGAAGAUCUGAAGGUUUCAGAAGUUCCCCUCAUCCUCCUUUAAAACUAAUAUUUUGCUGUCGAAAGAUUGCAGACAAACUUAGCAGACGAGAUUACAGUCAACAUACCUUCCUUCAGCAAGCAGAUCAGUGGACAUAGACAUCUUUUCCUACAGCAGGCAGAUCAGUGGACAUAGACAUCUUUUCCUACAGCAGGCAGAUCAGUGGACAUAGACAUCUUUUCCUACAGCAGGCAGAUCAGUGG